GUGCGGCUCAUCGCCGGCGGCGGCGCGGCCGGGAGGUGCGGGCUCCGCGCGGGCGGGACGCGGGCGCUGCUGCGCGCAGGAGCCGCCAGGCGGACGCCGCGGGCAUGGACUAUUCGUACGACGAGGACCUGGACGAGCUGUGCCCCGUGUGUGGGGACAAGGUGUCCGGCUACCACUACGGGCUGCUCACAUGCGAGAGCUGCAAGGGCUUCUUCAAGCGCACGGUGCAGAACAACAAGCACUACACGUGCACCGAGAGCCAGAGCUGCAAGAUCGACAAGACGCAGCGCAAGCGCUGUCCCUUCUGCCGCUUCCAGAAGUGCCUGACGGUGGGGAUGCGCCUGGAAGCCGUGCGCGCCGACCGCAUGCGGGGUGGCCGGAACAAGUUCGGGCCCAUGUACAAGCGGGACCGGGCCCUGAAGCAGCAGAAGAAGGCACAGAUUCGAGCCAAUGGCUUCAAGCUGGAGACAGGCCCCCCAAUGGGGGUGCCCCCUCCCCCCCCCUCCCCCCCCGGACUACAUGCUGCCCCCCACCUGCAUGUGUCUGAGCCCAAGAGCCUGGCCUCUGGGCCACCUGCUGGGCCACUGGGCGACUUUGGGGCCCCAGCCCUGCCCAUGGCCGUGCCCAGCGCCAACGGGCCACUGGCUGGCUACCUCUAUCCUGCCUUCCCUGGCCGUGCCAUCAAGUCUGAGUACCCGGAGCCCUACGCCAGCCCUCCGCAGCCCGGGCCCCCGUAUGGCUACCCAGAGCCGUUCUCCGGAGGGCCCGGAGUGCCUGAGCUCAUCCUGCAGCUGUUGCAGCUGGAGCCUGACGAAGACCAGGUACGGGCGCGCAUCAUCGGCUGCCUGCAGGAACCAGCCAAAGGCCGCCCCGACCAGCCUGCGUCCUUCAACCUCCUGUGCAGGAUGGCUGACCAGACCUUCAUCUCCAUCGUGGACUGGGCACGCAGGUGCAUGGUCUUCAAGGAGCUGGAGGUGGCCGACCAGAUGACGCUGCUGCAGAACUGCUGGAGCGAGCUGCUGGUGUUCGACCACAUCUACCGCCAGAUCCAACACGGCAAGGAGGGCAGCAUCCUGCUGGUCACCGGGCAGGAGGUGGAGCUGACCACGGUGGCGGCCCAGGCGGGCUCCCUGCUGCAUGGCCUGGUGCUGCGGGCCCAGGAGCUGGUGCUGCAGCUGCAUGCGCUGCAGCUCGACCGCCAGGAGUUUGUCUGCCUCAAGUUCCUCAUCCUCUUCAGCCUCGAUGUGAAGUUCUUGAAUAACCACAGCCUGGUGAAGGAUGCUCAGGAGAAGGCCAACACCGCCCUGCUCGAUUACACCCUGUGCCACUACCCGCACUGCGGGGACAAGUUCCAGCAGCUGCUGCUGUGCCUGGUGGAGGUGCGGGCACUGAGCAUGCAGGCCAAGGAAUACCUGUACCACAAGCACCUGGGCAACGAGAUGCCCCGCAACAACCUGCUCAUCGAGAUGCUGCAAGCCAAGCAGACUUGAGCCUGGGCCGGGUGGGGCCGGGACUGGG